CGAACGCAACUGAUUCGAAUACAAAUCAAAUAAAAACAACAGCAGUGAAAAUGCUAAAAACUUGUCCAGCUAAGUGCCCCGUUGCCGUAUAAAUAUACGUUUCGUGGUCUUGUGCCUGGCGAAUAUCAAAUUUAAAAUGUGCGACAGUUUGAUGUCAAGAGUUUAAAACUCUGCACCGACAGCACGAAGCACAGUGACGAAGUAGAGGACGAGGACGAGGACGGGUCGACACCUGCAGGAGCUUUUGCACGCCCCUUUAGCGCCUUCAUUACCAUUUCCACACUCCAUAGCCUUACGAACCGGGCCAUUUUGGUAAACGCGGUCCGAGCACUCGACGGCCAGUCCCGCAUCCAGGAUGGGCGACUAUCAUGAGUUUACGGAUCAGUACAAAGUGCCGGUGAUAGCCAAGCUGCUGCACGCACUGCCCCACUACAACAUCACCUUCCACAAGAUCAACAGCACGUUCCGGCCCAACGAUGAGAUCUACCUGGAGAGCCUGGGCAUACUGGGAUCGGUGCCAGCAGCCCUGCUGAUUGUCUCGCUGCUGGGACUGUUGUUUUAUCUGAUGACGCGCUGCUGCGACCGGAAGCCACGCCCAGCCCACUCGAUAACCAGCCUGAAGGUGGCGCUCUCUAUCGUCACGGUGAUGUGCUGUGCGGCGAUCGGACUGGGCCUCUACGGGAACGACGACUUGCACAACGGACUGCUGGAGGUGCUGACCGCCGGCCGGAAGGUGGACAAUCUGGUGACGACCAUACGCAAUCAGACGCACAUAUUGGAGAAUACGCUGACCAAUCGCAUACGGCCGCAGCUGGUGGAGCUGGCGGACAUCUUCGAUCAGCCGGUGUCCAAUCAGACGGCGCUCUCCAAGCUCUUUGUCUCGCUCAAUAUUGUUCAGGGCAACGUGACGUUGGCCACCAAUGCGGCCAGCGAUAUCCGGCGUCCGUUGAUGGGCAUCUCGAUGACGCACUUUCUGACCCGCGGCGAUCAAUGGGAGCUAAUCCGCUGGCCCGGCACGGUGGCCACCCUGGCUCUGCUGCUUGUGCUCUGUGCUGUUUUGCUAGUGGGCGUGGCACGGCACUCGCGCUGCGCCCUAAUACUGUUUAGCGUUUGCGGCCUGCUCGCCGUCACCGGUUCCUGGCUGAUGUCCGGCCUGUAUCUGUCGUCGUCGGUGGCCGUGGGCGACCUGUGCAUCAGCCCAGCCGACUUCCUGGUCUCGACAGCGCCCCGGGACCUGCCCACCAAUGUCCUGCUGCACUACACCCAAUGCGAGCCGGGCCACACGAACCCGUUCACCCAGCGCCUGCGCGAGUCGCAGAACUCGCUGAACAACGCCCGCAGCGCCAUGGCCACCGUCAUGAAGAUCUCACUGGUGCUCUUCAAGAGCUCGGGCCUGCAGCCGAAAUUGGGUGCGGUCAAUGCCGAUUUGAACAGCAGCGAACGUCUGCUCACCCAGCUGACCGCCCUGGUCGACUGCAAGGCGGUGCAUCACAAUUUCCUGGCCGCGGCACGUGGCCUCUGCGAGGGCGGCCUGUUGGGCCUGGUGCUGAUGCUCAUCGCCAGCUUCAUAGCGGCCAUCUUGCUGACGAUCAUGGUGUGGGUCGAUUCGCACACAUGGAUCUACAUACGCAAGCGCAACGACUACGCCCAGGUGGACGAGCCAUCCUAUAUAUCGCAUCCGGCGCCCCAAAACCAUCAGCAGAUGAUGAAUGCGGCACGCACGCUGCCACGCAACCAUAACGGGCACUUCAGUCCGCCGGUGAUCAGUGGCUCCCACACGCUCCAGCAUCCCAAUAAGCGACAGCAGCACGAGAUGAUGGCCCACGCGCACAUCCAGCAGAACAUGCGGGCUAUGGGCACCCAUACGCUGGGCAGACUGCCCUCGCACAACCACAGCCCCACCCACAUGACUGGUCCCAAUAACGCCGCCGCCGUCGCCGCCGCAGCCGCUUCCUCCCUACCGCCCAGCACACAGGCCCAGGUGGCCCAGGCCCACGCGCACGCCCAGGCGCAGCAGCAGCAGCAGCAGCAACAACAGUUGGGUCCGCAGCCAAUCUACUGCCAUCAUCCUCACCAGCAUCCGCACGCUCAUCCACACGCCCAUCCCCAUUCGCACUCGGCAGCCGUUGCGGCCGCCGUGCAACAUCAGCACGCCAUCUACCAUCAGCAGCAGGCCCAGGCGCAGCAGUAUGGCACCUAUACGACAGCUGCGGCGGCACAUCAUGCGCAGCAGCAUCAUUUGCCGCCGCCGGGCCAGAGCCAGAUCUAUCAGCAGAUCCCUGCCCAUCUGGCCGGCCAGUUGGCGCCCAAUGGCAAUCCGCACUCCAUUUAUCAGCCGCUGGUGGCGGUCAGCCAGGGCUCCAUUUACGUCUCCAACCUGGCGACAAUGCGGCGCCAGAAUAGCCAGGGUGGCCCCCAGAUACCGGCCCAUCAUCACCAGCAGCCGGUGCAGGCGCAGCCCCCUCCAAAUCCCCACCAGCAGCAGCAGCAGCAGCCCAAUCCCCACGCCCACCCACAGCAUGCCCAGCAGCAGCAGCAGCCGCCGCCGCCUUCGCAGCAGCAACAGCAGCAGAUGCUACAGCAUCAGCUGAAGUCGCCGCAGCAACAGCAACAGCAGCAGCAGCAGCAGCAGGUGCCCGAAACGGAGGUGGUGCCCAUCAGCACCGCCAUGGACUCGGCCAUAUAUGAUCGGGAUAAGCAGAUAUACAAGUGCUCGACGCUGCGGCAGGGCGGCAAGUUCGAUCCCAAGUACAAGCCGUCGAUACUCAAUUGCCCCCUGCCUGAGAUACCCAAGGAUGCGGAGCAGCCCAAGGUGGAGUCCAUCUAUCAGCAGCAGCAGCAGCAACAGCAGCAGCACCAGACGCAGAACUAUUCCAAGACCUUGCAACGGCCCCCGAUGAAGCUGCCGCCGCAGAUGAAGGCCAUACCGCCGCCGCGCAUUGGCACGCCCACCUCGCCGCCGCCGCCCACAGCGCAAGCGGACACAGUGCAGCAGAAUGGCGGCGGCGGCGGCGGCAGUGGCGGCCCCAACAACGAAGACGCCUCACUGCCACCGCCUCCGAUGGAGGCACAGACGCAUCUCGGCAACAGCGCGGACAACGCGCCGCCCAAGCCCCGUCUCCAAGCUGCCAACGGCAAGGCUGGCAACGGCCUUGUCCUGCUCAACGGUGCAGGCGGCGGUGGUGGCGGAGCAGGAGCAGCAGCAGCAGCAGCCGCAGCCGCUGGCGCCAAUGUGGGCAACCCGGGUGUCCUGGACGACGACGACGAUCUGCCGCCGCCGCCGCCGGCGAUAACCGACGAGAGCAAUUAUGCGGUCACCGAGCUGUAAGCGCAGCCCCGGCUCAGCUCCACGAGCUACGGAUAGUGGCCAGAAUCGGCAUUUAGUAGCAUAUUUGAGUGUUCCUUGGUUCUUGAAUUGCGCUUCGCAUCCCAAUCCUAAGCCCAUUUUAUUGAUUUCCUAACGCAUUCCAACAAUUAGGGCCAAAUUAGCCAAACGAGAAAUACUUGAAACUGAAAUGGAAAAACUGAACCCACAACUGGACUUUUUGUAUAUAUACAAACACACUUGAUACAGAUCCUAGCUAUCACAAACACACACACACACUUAUACUAAACAUAUACUUAUAUAUACAUACAUACAUAUAUACACGAUAUUUGGUAUAUUCUUUUUGAUAAUAGGCAUUUUUAUUGCAACAACUUUUAGCCGAACAGCGAGAACAAGCAACACAAGGAAGGAAACAAAACAAACAAAAUAUAUAGAUGAAGAUAAUGCCAAGAACACAAAGCAAAAUAUGGGACAAAAUAUUGUAUUAUAUAGCGUCAUAUGCAAAGUUAUAUGUAGGAGUACGUACGUAGGCCGGAACCACUUAAAACAGAAGGAAAGAAAAACAAAAGUUAA